GUGGGGUGGGGUGAGGCCGAGGGGGCUGGUAUGAGGACCCUGAGAGCCAUGGCCAUGCAGAAAAUCUUUGCUCGGGAAAUCCUGGACUCCAGGGGAAACCCCACAGUGGAGGUGGACCUGCAUACAGCCAAGGGACGAUUCCGAGCUGCGGUGCCCAGUGGAGCUUCCACGGGUAUAUAUGAAGCUCUGGAACUAAGAGAUGGAGACAAAGCACGCUACCUGGGGAAAGGAGUGUUGAAGGCUGUGGAACACAUCAACAAGACUCUGGGUCCGGCUCUGCUGGAAAAAAAACUAAGUGUUGUGGAUCAAGAAAAAGUCGACAAGUUUAUGAUUGAGCUGGAUGGGACAGAGAAUAAGUCCAAGUUUGGGGCCAAUGCUAUCCUGGGCGUGUCCUUGGCCGUGUGUAAGGCUGGAGCCGCUGAGAAGGGGGUCCCACUGUACCGGCAUAUUGCAGACCUUGCGGGGAACCCCAACCUUGUACUCCCAGUGCCGGCCUUCAAUGUGAUCAAUGGGGGCUCCCAUGCUGGAAACAAGCUGGCCAUGCAGGAGUUCAUGAUUCUGCCAGUGGGAGCCAGCUCCUUCAAGGAAGCCAUGCGUAUUGGUGCCGAGGUUUACCACCACCUCAAGGGGGUCAUCAAGGCCAAGUAUGGGAAGGACGCUACCAAUGUGGGGGACGAGGGCGGCUUUGCACCCAACAUCCUGGAGAACAAUGAGGCUCUGGAGCUUCUGAAGACGGCCAUCCAGGCAGCUGGUUAUCCAGACAAGGUGGUGAUUGGAAUGGAUGUUGCAGCAUCUGAAUUCUAUCGCAAUGGGAAGUACGAUCUUGACUUCAAGUCCCCUGAUGAUCCUGCCCGGCACAUUACUGGGGAGAAGCUUGGGGAGCUGUACAAGAGCUUCAUCAAGAACUAUCCUGAGCUCACAAGGCCUAAUCACAUGUUGUCUUUACUCAGAUGCAAACUGGCUCAGUCUAAUGGCUGGGGGGUGAUGGUGAGCCACCGUUCCGGAGAGACUGAGGACACUUUCAUUGCUGACCUUGUGGUGGGGCUCUGCACUGGACAGAUUAAGACUGGUGCCCCCUGUCGUUCUGAGCGUCUGGCCAAAUACAACCAACUCAUGAGGAUUGAAGAGGCUCUUGGAGACAAGGCUAUCUUUGCUGGACGAAAGUUCCGUAACCCACAAGCCAAAUGAGAAGUUGGAGAACCCAGGACUCCUGUGUGCAGUCCUUCAAGCCCUUCUUGG